AUGUCCCAGCGUUACCAGCAAAAUAUUGACCAGCAACUCCAGGCGCAGGAAAAAAAGGGCCUCCACCGCCGUACUCUCGACCAUGGCAACUCAAUGGGGCGCUGGUAUUUGCGCAAAGCGUUUGGCGACACAAAUUACAGCAUAGGUGAAGUUCGACCUGAGUCUUCUUACUUGAUCGACUUGCUUCCGGCGUUGGCAUACAAGAGAGGCAAAAUCAAUACUAACCCAGCGGUGCUUGAAGUACAGCUGAAGUUCGUUCAUUUGUCCUCGAAUAAGGCCAAGCACCUGAUCAACACGGUGAAAUGGACUCCAGAGGGACGGAGACUUGUGGUAGCUUCACACAGUGGAGAGUUCACCGUGUGGAACGGGAUGACGUUCAACUUUGAAACCAUCAUGCAGGCCCACGAUCUGGCGGUGCUAGCGUUGAAGUAUUCCCAUAACGAUGAGUGGCUUCUUUCUGGAGACCAAGAUGGAACCAUCAAGUACUGGCAGCCCAACUUCAACAACGUCAACAUAGUGCAGGCCCACAAAGACGCGGUAAGAGACAUUGCGUUCCUGCCGAACGACACGAAAUUCCUCAGUUGCUCGGACGACUCGCUGGCGAAAAUAUGGAACUUUAAUAACGGUAAGGAGGAAAGAACGCUUUCGGGCCAUCACUGGGACGUCAAGUGCGCUGACUGGCACCCGAACUUGGGAUUGGUGGUCACAGGAUCCAAGGAUAACUUGUUGAAGCUCUGGGAUCCAAGAAGCGCCGAGUGUGUCACUACGUUGCAUGGGUUUAAGAAUACGGUGAUGAAGACGAAGUUCCAGAAGGAGGGCACCAACCGUCUCCUUGCAUCGGUCUCCAGAGACCGCUCGUGCCGGAUCUUUGACCUACGGACCAUGUCUGAUUUUGUAGUCAUAAGAGACGCUGAAGCUGAUUUAUCCAGUGUUGAAUGGCACCCAGUGCACCCUUGUCUCAUCACCACAGGAGCCUACGACGGGUCUAUGGCCCACUACAUUCUUGAUAAAUACAUUCCAGAUGACGAGGACUUACGAGGAAAGAGCGUCGAGGCCGUCCACAGAAUCCCCUAUGCCCACGAGCGGGCAAUUCACGCAUUGGAGUAUCAUCCCUUGGGUCAUAUUUUGUGCUCAGCUGGUAAUGACAGAUCAGCACGUUUCUGGUCGAGGGCAAGGCCGAACGACCCUAGGGCAUUCAAGGACCCUCCCUACACGAACGAUAAGAAUGGUGCGUGGUAUUACGCUGUGAAUAACAACGUGAACGCUGUCUUGGAAGAUGUGCCAACGACAUCCUUCAAUGCGUCCUACACCAACGAGAAUAAUGUUGUACCUGGCUUGGGAAGCUUGACAUCUUCGAUUCCUGGUCUUGGAGAGGGCGCCUCCGCCUAA